AUGACGAACAAAAAUCGUACAGAGGAGGGAGCUCGUUCGCCGCUGCUGACCGCCCCUGUACCGCUCCAGUACGACUCGCAAACCCUCUCUGCAACCCACCUCACAACCACUACACCAUCCACAUCAACCUCCACGCAGAAGCUUGCCUCACCGCACAACCGUGACGCUCCCUCCUUCUCCAACUCCGCCGUGAGCUCCUGUACCAGGCAGCCAACCACCACGCUUCGUCUUUCACCAUUUAUUCACCAUGUCAGGUUCUUCAUACUUUUUUGUUGUUUUAGGUAUUAUGUUUUUUGGAUUUUUGUUUGUUUUGUAAGGAAGAAGAUAGAAAGAUGGGGGUCAUGGUGA